AAUUCACCAUAAGAGGUGCCCACUGUCUCUUUUGAAACCCCCCUUUGCGUGUCUCAAUUCUCUCCUCUCUCUCUCUUUCUUUCGUUCUUUCUUUCUUUCCCUCUCAGUCUCUCUCUGAGUGUUUAAUUUAUUCUGUCUUUGGCCUGUCUUUUUUUUUGUUUGUUUGUUUUUUAAGGUCACACAGUAGUGAUAGUGAAGGAGCUAAGUAGGCAUGGGGAGAGCUCCAUGCUGUGACAAAGCUAACGUGAAGAGAGGCCCUUGGUCUCCUGAAGAAGACGCCACCCUCAAAAACUAUGUUCAGAGCCAUGGCACAGGUGGUAACUGGAUCGCUUUGCCCCUUAAAGCUGGCCUUAAGAGAUGUGGCAAGAGUUGCCGAUUACGAUGGCUUAAUUAUCUCAGACCAGACAUCAAACAUGGAGGUUUUACCGAAGAGGAAGACAACAUUAUAUGCUCUCUUUAUAGUCAAAUGGGAAGCAGGUGGUCUUUGAUAGCUUCUCAACUCCCUGGAAGAACCGACAAUGAUGUGAAAAACUAUUGGAACACUAAGUUAAAGAAGAAGCUACUUGCAGGGAAAUCAAGCUUUAAUGUGGAAAACAAUGGCGGAUUAUUAAAUGCUAACAACAACAAUAUCCCAACUCAACCACUGCCUUACAAUCUUGAUUACUCAACUACUUCACUUCCGAUUUUAUCUGAUGUUAGCUAUGGAUUCUCUGUCAGUAAUUGUAGUACUUCACAAAACAUGGGUUUAGACCCAGUCAUGCAGUUUUCAACUCCAGACACGAUCACCAAUCUGUCACAAUCAGGUCCGAAUUUGGACAACAGUCACAACAACAUCGUUGUUGUCUCCUCCUCUCAAGAAGGAUCCGCCUUGUCGGAUUCUACUGGUAAUGGAUAUGGUGAAGAUACGGGGAGUAUUAUUUUGAUGGAUGAUCAACAGUUCAGCUAUGAGUUCCCUUAUGAAUUCGUCAAUGGCGUCCUUGCAGGUCCAAGCUUUGAGUUCUCCCAUGGUGAUAUAAAGACUAGCCAAGGACUGAAUCAAAGUGUUGCUACUAACCCUUAUUGAGCCACAAAAUUCAAUGCUUGCCGCCUACAACAAAAGAUCAAAAGCCAUGUGAAAAGGAGAGGAGAUGAUUGGAUACAAUAUAUAUGUUUAUAUUUUUUUAAGAAUUUUCUUUCCACAUGCUUUAUUAUUAUGAUGAUGACUUGGAAGAUUAGGUUUUGUGUAGAUAAACAAAAAUGAUUAUAUUAACCUAUGUCUGAUUCAAAGUCAAGUCACUGUAGCUUUAAUUUAAUCUCAGAUGUUGAUUUUAUAGCUAA